CACAAAAACCGGUUUGAUUGUAAAGGGAGGGCUCCGUCCGACAUGCAGAGCCACUCGGCGCGCGGCUGCGCAGGUACGUUGUGUCGCGAGCAUCGUCGAGUUUUAUCGCUUAGCAUAGUAUAAAACAAUGGAAAAAUUCAUACAAGCUGUAAGAGCACAUCCCUGCUUGUGGAAUCCACAACACCCGCACAAUGCUGAUGUACAUGCUAGAGGGCAAGCCUGGCAAAACGUCAUUGAAGAAAUUAACGACAGUUCUAUAUCAAAUAUUAAAACAGCACGAACCGAGUGGAGGAAACUUCGUGAUAAUCAUCGAGAGGCUUUGAAGAGAGCUAAAUUAGGACAAAACAAAUUAUUACCAGCUCAAGUAACCACUUGGAAGUAUGCAAAAGCUAUGCAAUUCCUUGAACCCCACAUGAAAUAUCGCAUAUCUGAAAAUAUAGAAAUGGAUCAACCAGUAACAAUGGGAAGAAGUUCUGAACACGACGUUUCUACGACAAAUACAAAAUCCGAUAUUAUUCCACCUAAACGCCGCUACCCUGACUCCGAGGAGCAAGCCGUCUCAGGAAUUAAGCCACAAGAAAAGGAGAAAGACGCACUCGAAUCUUUCUUUAAUUGUAUUUUACAAAGUACCAGAGAAAUGCCGAGCUGGAUGCAAACCCAAGUAAAGAAAAAAAUUUUUGCAGUAAUUAUUAAUGCAGAAGAACAGUUAUCAUCUCAAUCGCAGAAUUUGCAAAACCAAAAUAACGAGGAAUUUGAACACCAUGUCAUCAUCAAAAACAAUAUAAAGACUGAAAACUUUGAGGACACAGACAUUUACUGAUUUGUGAAAGUGAAUGUUCAUAAACAUUUUAUAGUCGACUUAAAUUAAUACAGGUACUUAUUUAUAUAAUAUAAUUACCUAGGUAUCUAUUUGGUAAGAUUAGGUAGGGUACCAAGUGAUUGACAUUUAGAUACUUUUUGCAACUAAAAGUAAAAACAUAUUAGGUA